AUGGACGUCGUGGCGACCAGUAUGCCGCCAAUUUCUCUCAAUCGUUCCUCGGGAAGUUUUCGUGAAGUAAAACAGAGCGAUGCUGAGAACGGUCUUCAUGAAGUUUUUAUGGGGAUGCGCCUCGCAGUGCCCGAGUCUGAACGCCAAGAGGCACUCAUUGAUGAGGAUACUUUCUUUUCACUUUACCGAAGUUUUGUGGAUGAAAAACGGGAAUCUAUCGACUGGUCGCUGAUAAAACAACCCGAGGAGUCGGUGGUAGGUUUGUCUGACCAAGACUUAAAUAUGUACUGAUAUACCCUACCCCCACCUGGUGGGUUCUGGGUGUUUCAUUUGCUGAAACUGAGAUAAUUCGAUCCUCAUUUUGAUGAAAGCGCAUUAUCCAUGACGUUCCCAGUGUGUGAAUCUAGACACAGAUUAGGGAGAUACUAAAGGAUUUAUUCAAAUCCAGGAGGUUCGUAGGAAAUAGCAGGAAGACUGACAGGGACAUUUUUCGUCUCCGCGGAAUGAACUGAAACCUACAAACCUCAUAAAAUGCUUUUACAAAGGAUAUUUGCGAAAUGAAGCUCAGGUAAGACCACUAAGAUCUACGUUAGAAGGCAGACGAUAGCUUUGGUCGUACCCAAACUUAUGCGAGGCUUGAUACGCUAUGUCGACCGAAGGAAACAACAGAGAUUCCAUAUGCUGAUUUGCACCAAGAAAUCCCGCCUAUUUCGCGACCGAUAAGUCAGCCACCUAGGCAGUAACCGCAAUGAUAAAAUUUUAAAAUCUGUCAAAGCUGGUGCAAAUUACACAGGAUAGAAUCAUUUGGUAUUUUCACAUAUUUGUAAGUACCGCUAAGUCUGAAAUAAAUUGUGCGUACAAGCCCAACAUUCCUUGUAGCCAAGGAUGUAGCGUUGUCUCUCAUAGCUUUUGAAAGCCACAGACAUGUAGACCGUUAUGUCGGAGGUUGCCCGUGUAACCAGGCUUGGUGGAACAAAAUCCAGCAUUCAAUCAGCCAUCAAAACCGAUGACUUUUAUAAUUCGAUUACAUUCUUUUCUUGCACGUUCUAUUUGGUGCCACAAACGUGCACAAGUUAGAGAACAAUUCAAGCUACAGACGCUAUCUCUCAAUCGUUGCUGUUUGGUGGGGAUGUUUACAGAAAUAUCCAGUCAGCCAUGCUGAUAUCCCUUCGAACUGUUCAUUAACAAUCCAGCGACUAUCAUCUGACCUCUGGCAGUAACGUAUACAGUCUUCAUCAGAAAUCUGCCUCCGCAAAGCAGUCGAAGUCAUAUCGACUGGUAACGUGCGGAGUACAUGCUCAAUGAGCGACGAUGCCACUCCCGGAUCAUAAAUUGUAUUGGAGGACUGCGCGACCGAAAAACGCAUCAUUUUCUAGGUUUCGAGCAAGUAGCUGAAUUCUAUGCCACCAUCGUAAUAGGUUGUCCACUUUGUACAGGUCCGUCAUCCAGAAGCAAUACCUGAAAAUGCGGCCAGUUUGUAAUGCGCUGACAGAGGUUUAGUUACGUGAGUCUUUGAAAAACCGAAGGAUAUAUCCCCUUUAUCCUUUAAUUACUCGUCAGUUUGAGUUAAAAAGCCUUCUGGAGCAAUGAACUUUAAAGGGUCUUUCGCCUGCGAGUUUUAUGACGUAAUAACUGUUAAUUUAAAUGGGAGGCGUGUCUCACGAAAUAUUAACCGAAAUACUGAAAUGUGCUUAAGAGUAGAAAAGAUUACUCGAGCGGAUUAGUAAUACUGAUUGUCGCGCAGCAUAGCCCAGAGAUACGUCAGUCAGACCAGGGUGCCGACUUUUGAAUGCGCUUCUUUCCGAUCGCCUAUUAAAACCAUGUUCAGUAAAAGAUGACUUCAUAAGUAAAGUGAAGUUCCUAGUCUGAUUUAGGAUGACCUUACCACUUCAUAUAUAUUUAAUAAAAAACAUGCCUACAAAUAUUCUUCCCUGUACAGAUUUAAGAAUUUAAGACCAAAUUACGUCUUCUUCAAAUUGUAUACUUGGACAGAGGCUAUCUUUCGGUUAUACAGAAGAUUCUGAUUAUGAGAUUUUAUGAUGACUGUGAAUUGUCCGCUCACAUGGCAUCGUAUCCGUCCAUUUAUUAAUGCCCAUAUGAAGUAUAAAACAAAAGCCAUAUGCAUUAAUGAAUUUUUAUGAGUCAUAUAAGAUACCUUCUUAAUGGCAUAAAGCAGUGCAUGUUUUUCCUUGUAAAAACAAUGUGUAGCUUGCAUUUUAGAAACCCUAAACGUGCUAUCGAAGGACUAUGGGAAGUUAUAUUUUUUACAUUUCUUCUGUAGAAUAUAUUCAAGUUUAUGAGACCAUCGAAGGUCAAUGGGAAGGCUCCAUGUUAUAGGAGUGUCACGUUUACAAAUUUCGGUUUCCGAUAAGAUCGAAAUAAAUCGCAUUCAAGAGGCUGCAUACUGGCUUGACUGAAAUAUCUUGGGAUUGAGCUGCAAUUCAGUAGAUUGUACAGCUUCACUAACAUACUUUUUCUAAUUCAAAACGCGUCUCUGAAGUUCGGUUAACAUUUCAUGAUAUAUCCUAGUGCUGCGUCAAUCUGAAGACGUGUCUUUUUUGAUAAAAUUGGGGGGGGGGGGAAAGUGGAACUCCGACAUGCUAUUGCUUUCCAUUCCUGUAACAAUAUGAGCUCGUGGAGGGAUAUUACCAACUUAUCACCAGUAAAGUCGGCAUUUAUUAAAUUUCCUAACUGAAAAUGGUGGGAACCAUUUUACAGGUAGAAGGACAAAGGAAUAGACUGCGUAUCUUUGCUUUCUGCCGGUCAUGACUGCCGAAAAAAUACCGUCCGUCAUCCAUUUCCUAAAUAAACUACAAAGAACGAACGCAAGUAGGCCUUCCAGAUGCAUGUUUCAUCCAAAUAUCACUCCGAGGCCACCAUAUUCGAGUUUUUUUGCGGACGUGUCUCGACAGUAACUGGCCAACAAGUGCGAGCGUUCCAAGAACUAAAAUGGGGCAGUUAGCUCGUUCUGAUGGGUUUUUCAGAGCACCCCUUCGAAGGAGGUAUCAAAGGGCAGAGUCUUGAUCCUUUCAACCCCCGUAAGAUUAAGGGUUACCUAAAUGAAUCUAUUUGCAUACGCAUGAACAAGAGAAACGGAAAAAAACGACUAAAUAUUUUACUUGUCCGUAACAACAGUGUGCAGACGUCCUCGCCUAUUUACAUCAUCCAAAUCAGAGUUUGAGUUAGCCAGUUUUUUCGAUCUUGGCCGAAAUCAUCCGCAAGAUUCCUCACCUUUCUUCAGAUGAGUAACUACGAAGACUUUCCGAAACCCAAAGAAGCCGACAUGGUCGACGCCCUUUCAAAGCUGGUCGUCAUAAAACUGAAUGGCGGACUGGGCACGAGUAUGGGUUGCUGUGGCCCCAAGUCUCUUAUCAAAGUUCGCGAUGACUGCACGUUUUUGGAUCUCACUGUGCAGCAGAUUGAGGUAUGCACACUUGGGUCGAAUACCAUACCAUUGUGUUAUUUGAGUGCUUUUGUGCUAACAGCUUGUCAAACCUUGCAUCAUCUUUACCUCUAAAUACUUCGUUCUGCGUGAUCGGUUCACUCGAGCAUACGUGGGGAGCCUUUAACGAAGUUAUUCACACAUCAGGACAGGCCAUCACAGACGAGGACAUCCUCAACAGCCCCGCCAUAUGGGUUCAUCGGCGGUUAAGUUUGGAUUUUAGCAUGAGGAAGACUUGCGCAGCAUAUACUGCUCUCUCUCUCUGUCUGUCUCGCUCAUCACCCACCUUACCCAGAUGGCUAGACAGCGUCAAGGCGACGGGGCGUGGGCGCGGACGCAGUGACUGACAGAGAGGUCCGUCUACGCGCGCCACAUGCGAGCUUUUCCGCUUCAGAAUGCGGCAAAUCGCAUUCGGGGGGCUCGGAACUCUCUUACCUGGGUACCAUAAUAAAUAAAUUGAGGAGGAGCCGUUGCAGCCUGACUCCCUCCCUCUCUCGCGAGGAAUCGAUAUAUUCCAGCAGUUGGAAGCUCUUUGAUACGCGAAUCAUGGCGUGUCAUGAUAGAUUCAGGCAGGUCGCAUUUAUUGCAACAAGGCGUGUGCUGAUGUGCCGUGGAGAUUGAUUCCCCAACGACGACCCAAUUCUCUCUCCCCUCUACCAUUCACCAACCGACUUUCAGAGCCAGUCUGCCUAGUAGUGAUGAGAGUUGUCAUUAGGACUGGUGGAGUUGGACAGCCUGUCUGCGCUUUCCACACACGACCCGAUCCCCACUUCAUCAACCAGGAUACACCAGGCAGCAGUCUGUUCUGUCAUGCGCCGUUUCAUCCGCCUUCUCGGUAAUGGUAAAUCGGACCGCAUGCUCGUUAUAGGAGUGAUGUAGGGUACGUUAUGGAGGUGUGUCAAAUACGAGUAUGUUAUGGUGUGUGGGGCCGCAUUGGAUUCUGGCAGAUGUUCUCGGGGUGAGGUGCAAGCCCAGGUGCCGGCUAACGUCGUCCAGUGGGGACCCCUGCUGCCCCCCCCCAAAUUUGCUGUUGGUUUAAAUCCUGGCCACUUGUUUGCUGUGGACCAGGGGGGGGGUGUGGUGGUACGCCUGGGUGGGGGUCCGGCCGUGCCAGCCACCUGCGCUCUCUCCCGCCUCCGGUCUUCUUGAGUUGGUCAUGACAUCGAGCCCAGAUGAAAAGGAGAGAUUGCGGUAGAUGCUGUACAAGUCCACUGCCACUAUAAACUAACUCACACGCAAGUCACCGUGCCUGCCCCCAGCUUGCUGGUGGACAUCGUCGGCAUUUACGGUCGAACGGUCGGUUGUUUAGCUUAUGUGUUUCUCUGCAGUUACAGCAAGGUCUCGUGCAGUGGUCUGAACUGUGUUGGCUUACUAAAAACUUCACGGAUGCGCAUAUGACCGGAAAGGCCCAUGCGCUGACUGAAUACCAUGUGAUAGCGAGGGCAGGUGGAACUGGAGUUAUAAGGGCAUGCCGGGAUCCUUGCCACUUGCCAAUAGAAGCGAAGAGAUGAGUCCCAGGAAGUAGUCUUGAAGAAGAAGACACGAUUGCUGGGACAAGAACUUUAUUAGCCUGACGUUUCGGAUUCCUGCUCGAAUCCAUCAUCAGAGACAAAAGCAGAUACGGGUGGUCCAUGCACAAGGGGCUGCAGUAUUUAUAUGAUGCAGUCGCCAUGCUACCGCAUACCUAUGAACAUUUCCAACUCCAGGGUCGGUGGAUCAGAUGUUCGAACAAUCAUCACACCAAAGCCCAACGCACGUGAUGAAAUUGCAGCAAUUAACGACGCGAAUGUCGGCCAUUAAACAAUUAGCACACAAAGUGCGACGAUCCCGGAUGAAGGAGGAGACGUGAAUGUUCAUAGGUAUGCGGUAGCAUGACGACUGCAUCCUAUAAAUACUGCAGUCCCUUGUGCAUGAGCCGGCCGUAUCUGCUUUUGUCUCUGAGGCUGGAUUCGAGUAGGAAUCCGAAACGUCAGGCUAAUUAAGCUCUUGUCCCAGCGAUCGUGUCUCCUUCUUCAAUCUUUGCCGCUUGUUAGCCGAUCUCACUGCGGUGGAUUUGCAAGAAACUAACCAUACCGAGCCAUGGUUUGGCUGUCUGUUGACAGUAUAGACAUGAUGGCAGAUGUUGGGUGCAUGCAUUGUUGGCCAGCCGAACUUCAAUCUUGCAAACCAUUCUUUUCACCCUGGCCGCAGCUACUCGGUUGCCUUUGCUGAUGUUUACUCCAGUCUUUACGGCAGUGCGUUAGGCCUGCCAAUCUUGAGUGAAUUCCUUUCUGAUGUCUGCGUUGAGUUGCAUGUACUUGAGAGUGGUUUUCGAGGUGUCCUUUUAAUGUCACUUUUGUUCCCCUUCGUUGUGAACACCUCCAUCGCAGAUUCGCCUGGUUAAUAACGACGCUGGCUCCAUUCAGGAUCUCCAUGCUUUAAGUUUACUAUCGUCGUUUCAGUAUUCUCCGGAUGAAACUAAGGUGAAAAUGACUGAGUUCUCUUACUCGGCUGUCAUCCACAGUCCAUAGGGCUACCGCGUACGGCGACGAUGUCAGGACAACAACUCUAUUCAUGGUAGAGGGCGCUCACCGAUCGUUCUUACGGAAUUCACUCGUUUCGUUCUGCCUUUAGGGCUCUCUCUUUAGCCCAACCAGCAGCCGCACAGCGGCGCAUGAUAUAGGCAGAAUGGCAUUACCGACAAAAACAAGGGAGACUGGAAUGGCCAUUUCUGACUUAUUGGCCGUCAUCAGCCAGUCGUACCCAACCCUCCCUCCCCCCGAAGUGUGGACCUCGCGACCUGUUUGUUAGAAGUCCACGACUCUAACCACUGGGCCACGGGCCCGUUGCCCUGUCGGUCCUCGAUCGGGAGCGAUGGUCAUACCGCACUCCCGACAUGGGUACUAGCUAAAAGGUCAGGCUCCUGUUUCGCCGGUAUUCGGCUUCUGCGUGGCACAGCUGCGAGGUGUUCUGUUCCUCAAUUGGUUUCUGGUACGUGAACUUCAGAGAAUAAUCAAGCUAAUAAUUUCAGAAUAACGAUUUGGUGUAGAACCCACAAGUAGAUGGCAACUACAAAAAUAUACCCUAGGAUUCAUUGUGACUUUAAACAUCACAUGUUAUUCAUCGUUCCCGCUGUUUGAACUCUCCUUACCUUCCUGACUAAAUUUAAACUUACCAGCGGCGCUUUAUUGAAAGUCAGUCAUUUUUUUAAAUGCUUUUUGUUUACUUUUUGAUUAUCGCACCCAUUUUCUUUGCCAAAUAGCAGCGUAUGAUAAGAUUUUCGGCAGAAAUUUAUCUAUUUUCUGUGUCUUCUUGCUUUCCAUCCCGUGUGUUGCCUUAUCCGUAAAACCCCCUCUACCACUAUUCAAUGUAUGACACAGUCUACAGGAUAGCACCAGUUAGUUGUGGGUCCUACACCCUAUCGUUGUCAAUUUCAGAAAUUUUUUGUUCAGGACAUGGAGUUGAGUGCCAGCGACAUGACUUUUUAAGGUCAGACACAAAAUCUCAAUGAACAUUUGAGUCGAAGACAAUCAGCCAAAGUGGAAUAACCACGUAGCGUUCAUUUUGCAGACAAGUAGUGCUUGAAGAAGGAGACAAGAUCGCCGGGUCAAGAGCUUUAUUAGCCUGACGUUUCGGAUUCCUACUCGAAUAGGAUUGACUGAGUAGGAAUCCGAAACGUCAGGCUAAUAAAGCUCUUGUCCCGGCGAUCGUGUCUCCUUCUUCAAGACUACUUCCUGGUACUCGUCUCUUCGCUUUUAUUGACAAGUAGUGCUGUUAGUAGCAUAAUCUUAUACGAGAGUUUUGUACUGAGAAGGCUGCCACGGCGGUUCAAGACGGAGUGCUGUUGACUGCCGAAGACCUCACUGACCUUGGCCAUCCGGUGGGCGAUCUCGCCGUCGAUGUUGAUAUUGUGCUCUCUAGCUACAGGAGAUCGUCCAAAGAUGUAAGCGGGUUCUAUUACCAUUGGCCCUGGAUUCGCUGUAGUCAGACUUUGGCGUCUGUUGGUGCGGAGCCGUUAUCGGUAAGAUCCUACUUCGUAGCCACACCUUUUAGGGGUUAGGGUUAGGAGUUAGAGGUUAGGGUUAUGGGUUAGGGUUAAGGACCAGUGUUAGGGAUUAGGGUCAGUGGUUAGUGUCGGGCGUCAGGCUUCGGGGUUAGUGUUAGGGGGUUAGGGGUUAGGAGUUAGAGGUUAGGGGUUAGGGUUCUGGGUUAGGGUUAAGUACCAGUGUUGGGGAUUAGGGUUAGUGGUUAGUGUUGGGCGUCAGGCUUAGGGGUUAGUGUUAGGGGUUAGGGGUUAGGAGUUAGAGGUUAGGGGUUAGGGUUCUGGGUUAGGGUUAAGUACCAGUGUUGGGGAUUAGGGUUAGUGGUUAGUGUUGGGCGUCAGGCUUAGGGGUUAGUGUUAGGGGUUAGGGUUAGGAGUUAGGAUUAAGGGUUAGUGUUAAACCCCACAUCACCACCGGAUCCGUAUGACAGGCGGCUGGGGCCUGCCUACUUCAGGUGCUGAUGCUCACUCCGAAUCUGGAGCAAUCUGGGGUUCUCACUUCUCUGUAGGUCUUCUAUUGUGUCGAUCUCUAACGCGCAGCAACCAGCGAAGUGGGGGUCGUAUUUUCUAGCCCUGAAAACUCUCGCCGACGCUUCUAGGCGUGGAGUGCUGGUCGAUGUGGAUUUAAGAGCGUUUCUCACAGUAGUUGUCCAUUGUCAUGGCUGAGAACAUGUCACUGAGGAAGAUGGGGGAGCAAGAAAACCUCCUUUGCCACUGCGAAUGCUUCAGACCCGUUGUCCGUGACGCGCGCCAACAUCGCGAACAUUAGCACCAAUCACUCCUUGACACCAGAAUUUCGGUAUCAGCUUCUAGAAUCCCUCCUUUGAGUAUAAAAUUAGGAGAAAACGUAAUUUAUACCGCGUGAGCAAAAGAAUGAAUAUUGUUGUGCAUGUUUUCUAUGAAAUAUAAUUGGACUGUUACGGACAUCGAAAAUCAAUGAGAAAAAUGCAUGCUACAUAAGUAGUCAUUUUUUACAGAGUGUGGUUUUGGCUUGCAGCCGGAAAGGGGUUCGUUCAAAAGCCGGCAUCCUGGGGUACCUGAAUGAUAAUAGAAUUAUGCUGCAGACUGAUUAGUUUUACAACCCUACUUAAUUAAUCUUUUCAAAACCGGAACACGUUUUGGAAUUUCGGUUGGCAUUUCAUGGGUUUUUUUCCGCCUCUCUAAUCGAAUCAGUCAUUAUAUCAUCGGUGUGUGGAUGUAAAACCAACUGUUGUUUCCGUGGAAGUCGCACCUUGCGGUGUGCUGUUGUUCCAGUCUUGUUUUUAAUUUGGCCACCGCGUACUAUAGCGGGCCCAUUUGGGACAAUAUUUCAACUGAGAACAUCCCCGGGGUGUCACAUUUGACGCGGGUAGAGGCGAUCUGUCCAGCAGUCUUCAUAUCGCAUUGCAUUUGCUCCCGCAUUCUGGUCCACAAACCAGAACGCAGUCCGGCAGUUGCCAGUAGCGCGAAUGUGCAGACAUCCAUGUUUUUUUUUGUUGCAGUUGAGCGGGUGAGUGACGGUAUUUUGGAUGAUUAAUUCUGUAAGGGUCUCGUGGAUCACCCUGACCGACGGAGCUGUUGUAUUAAACCAUUCUUUGGUAAAUUUUACGCACUUCCGCAGAAAGUCGUUACUCAGAAUGCCACAAACCAGCGAAAUAACUCGAUCCCUCCCUAAACUGCGGGGUAGACCGCAGUGACUUCUCAUACUUUGGGCUUAUGUAACUCUAACCAAUGGGGUUUCAAAACAAGUGAAGUCUCUUUGAUGUGUUGGAUCGACUAGCAUGAAUGGCAGGGAUGAAAUAUCUGACCAGUCACCGCACUCACACCCGUCUCCGGUCGUUAUGAUUUCGCCUCGCAGUUUGAGCAUGGUGGGUGUGGAGUGACGCACAUUUGUGGAUACAGCCCAAAUCAUUCUUUCUGUUACUCAAAUUAUUUGUAAUUCUCUGCAGUCACUGAAGGCACUGGUAGUCCCUGUCAUGUACGACGAAUGGGCAAGAUCCUAUUUUGUAGCCGUACCUGUAUGGGGUUAAGGUUAAGGAUUAGGGGUUGGGGUUAUGGGUUAGGCUGGGGUUUGUCUACUGAAGGUACGGCUGCGAAAUAAAAUCCGACCGACGAGCUAAAUAUCAGUUGAGAUUAUAAGACUUCUAAUGAGCAAGAUUCUUAGGAGAAGAACUUGAACAGCAUAGAGCUCACCUUCUCCUUUCAAUAGCAAGGAUAGUGUAAAAAGACUUGAGGUGGACUCCAGAGGGUAGUAGCUGGAUCGGCGUAAAGCUUUCAUUUGCGCGUGCGUCCAGAGUGCUUCUGAUCCCUCUCCCGUAGAUGGGCCAGGCUCCACACACAAAUCUGUCAACUCUAGAGAACUACACCCGUUACCUUCCUCUGGGUUUGCUCGUCAACCAAAGGGGUUACCAGUACCUGGUCGUGGCACGCCGCACGGUUCGUGAAAAGUGGCCUAUCCCCUUCAUCCAGGCACUGGGUGCAACCGUCAAUCCGGGAAGUGCGUAAAUUCCUGCAAACAUCCUAUUUACAGGACUACACGACCGACGAUGUUCAGCGUAUGUUUUAAAGCAGGGCGAGAGCGGGAACAGUGACUUGCGCGUGAAUUAGUGUGCAGUAACAGUGGACUUGCACAGCAUCUACUGCACUCUCUCUUCCUCUACCACCCGGACCCGGUGUCGAGGUAGAGCGCCCGUGUUGUUCCAGCGCAUCUACUGCGUGACCCCUUUCAGGCGACCUGCAAGGAAUAGAAAAAGGAUCUUAAUCCAAAAAACAAACAAGAUUUGAAAGUGAGCAUGAGGAACACAGAAGAAGAGGCUACCCGUGAUGAUAAACUGCAUUCUUACGGACACACUUUUGCAUAUCGUGAGCUGUAUUUGGCAGUUGUUCCCACCUCAUUAUAGUAGAGAACGAGAGCGGUCAACGUAGGCGUUAGAAUUUAACGUCAGGCAAGUAGCGUGACGGUGCUAUGGCAGUUCAGGUUGGUGUAAUAUCUAUGAAACCCACUGGCUCAGACAGUCAACUGAAGCAUGGGAUAAGAAGGAGUUAGAUUAACGUUGAAGAAUCCAUACCUACGAUGCGAUGCAUGCCUAACAAUAAUAAAUUUGACGCGUUAAAAGUCGUCACGGGUGUCACGGGUGAAAGAGGUCGUUAAAUCGGUCGGUUCAUCCAUACACGCUAGGAAGACAAAGGUGAUUUCAAACUGCAUCCCCGACCAGGAGAAGGCACCUCUCGGGACUGAUGGCGGUCAACUUAAAGAAGUAGACAGUUUUAAAUACCUCGGGACGAGGCUGCUGCCUGAUGGACGGAGUAAGGAUGACACUGUCUCCCGAAUUGAUGCUGCCCGCUAGGUUUUCUCAAGCCUUCGGAAAUGCCUAUGGAUCCGACGUGACCUCUCCAUCGACACUAAGAUUCGCGUGUACCGUGCAUCCGUCCGGUCUGCCCUUCUCUACGGUUGUGAGUGAUGGGUUUUGCGCGUGGAGGACGAGCAAAAACUGGAGUUAUUUGACCACUACUGCUUGAGGACCGGCCUUCGAGUGAAGUUCACCGACUUCGUCUCAAAUGAGACAGUCGGCGCUCGCUGCGACAACAUCGCAAGGACAACUCAGGCCAUCAUAGAAAGACGACUGAGGUGGUUUGGGCAUAUUCUUCGUCUUCCACCUCAGGAGCUCAGUGUUACUGCCCUCGAUCCGCCAUCGUUGCCCCACUGGAGGCGUCGAAGAGGGAGUCAGUUCAAAACCUGGCUCGACACAGUUCGUCAAGACAUGGGGGGGUGGUUCUUAGACCUUCGGUGUUCCGUCUAAGUCGUUGGCGAAGGGAAUAGGUUGAGCUGUCCAGAGCUGCUGCUGCGGAUCGUCACGCGUGGAGGGGUUCAGUUCGGAACAUCAUCGAGGCCGACUAGAUGAGGCAUGAUCGCAGCCGUAUCACUUACAGGUAUAAGUAAGAAUUGGGAAUCAGAUGGCGUUGUGGCAGCCAACUCGGCAUAGGGAGAGUGACCGAACCCCACUUGGCAGUUGAAUGCUUGCGCAUCAUGCGACUCUAUUCUUCGGCUUGGUGACACCACAGCACCGAUGGAUAGUUUGGGCUUCAAUGACCGCCUGCAGUCAGACAUGGAUGUCGGAAUGCUGAAAAUGUCCCAGUGGGUCUAGGGCCAACUACCUGUCUGGGCUGGUUUGCGUGUCUUCCCACAUUUCUUCCAUUUGUCUUUUGGCUGUACCCUCUAUUCAGGGUUCUCCACCCGAAAGGUAAUUUCGUACGCAUGCUUCUUCACCUUCCCUGAACAAAAAAUUCUUCAGUCAACGUGGGCGUUAGAUUUUAGCGUCAGGCAUGUAGCGUGACAGUGAUAUGGCAGUUCAGGUUGGUUUAGUGUCUAUGUAACCCACUGGCUCAGACAGUCAACUGAAGCAUGGGAUAAGAAGCAGUUAGACUAACGUUGAGGCAUUCAUACCUACGAUACGGCGCAUGCCUAACUAUAAUAAAUUUGACGUGCUAAAAGUCCUGGUCUGAAAGGCUGCUAACUGAUAGGAUGACUCGGUUUGCAUGGGGGCAUAAUGGAGUGACUGGAGGACUGGGGGUCAGGCCGCAAUGGUUCCUCUUCAAGGUAACUCUUACGGCAUUUUCACUGAAGUGGGCCUCGAGCCGCUCUUGAAGGGGCCUGGUGCCUGAUGACGAGACCAGGUCGUGUUUGGCAGGCGUAGACGUGUUAUAUAACUCUGUCCGCCACUUUGACUGCGCCCACCUCCGGACCACUCGAUAUUGCCUUGCCAUCGGAGCAAGGUGACUGAGAGCGGAGGUGAGAGUGCGGUAGAUGCUGCGCUAGCCUACUUCACUGCAAAUGAAUUCACGCACUUGUCAGCGAUGAUGACGGAAAGAAAUUGACCUGCCCUCUUCAAUUUCGUAAGUAGUAAUGACCACGGCUAAUUUUGGUCUAAGGCAGGCGCCUAUCCGUUUGUUAACCGAAUAGCAAUAUAUUAUAUCAGUUUAAUGCCAACUUGUCUGUUAUCCUAGGUCAUAAGUGCUCCGACCUCAGGAGAGGGCGUUGGCAUGUUAUUUCGACUGCGUGACUGUCGAGCUUCCAUAUUUUGUAUAGGAAAAUAAUUACUACUUACUAAAGUUGUGUACUAUCCAAGAUCUGCAUGUAUUGCGCACUGUACGGGUAGAGGGACAUUAACUAUCCCUGACGGGCGUCAUGGGCAAUUUGGAAAGAGGCAUGCUAACUUUCCAUGAAAAAAAACAGUAAAAAUGUUUUUUUAAAAAUCUUUUCAUGUUUUGAAGGACUAGCCGUAUUAACAUAUUCUCUAAUUUUUGCAACUUCUUUGUGUACGCUUGUUGGGGACAUCAUUCCACUUAAAAAGGCUGGUGAUUGUCCCCAAUCAGAAUUCAGGACGAUAAGGCUGAAAGGAUAGACUGCUUUUCAGAUAGACGCGAAAACAGUCUGAUAGGUCGACCGAUCGAUCAAGUGGUUGACGUAUGCCAUUUUCGGAUUAGAGGGCAACCAAAUGAAGUCUUACAUUAGGUGGCGUAUAUGAUGAAAUGUGCCGACAUUUACGAAUGGUUGCUAAUCACUCGCAAACCGGCGCAAGUUCGUGGACACAAUGCCUGUUUUAAAGAAAAAAAGUUUAGUGGAGUUGAAAACAUAGGAGAAAUAUUGAAGGUAAUGUUACGUCGUGUAGAAAUAUCAUUUUUCGGAAAAACGGAUAAUUCCGUAAACGCAUAAAUAGUUAUAACUGAGUUGAUUUCAGUUUUAGAAGUACAGAAUACCUGUCCAUGCAAACAACUGAGUAAAUAUAACAGCAGAAAUAGACUAACAUUUAACAAUAGUGUUUUAGUGAAGUUCACGGUAAAAUAUCUUUUAAGAACCAGUGUAAUAUCGGGUAGGGCGGUUUGCCAACAGCCUACAUUCUGGGUAUAAAUUUCAAAGUGGUUUCCCGAAAAUCCGUUGCCAGUUUUUACGCUUUUACAAUGACUGUGAUCCGGUUCAAUAAGGCAUACAGGGUUUUGCCUAAUUUUGCCGAUAGGGACACCAUAGAGCUAGGAGUUUUCCCAGGAUCACAUGUUGCCAGACCGGUCGGUGACUAAUAAAUUUAGGUGGAUUUAAAAGACAAUCGUAAACACACCAUUUUGUGUACACAAAGAAAACUUUUCCUUCGUGAAAUGGGUUUGCACUUUCCUUUGUUCUGGAUUUACGGUGUUUAAAUAUCGCCGGAUAUUUCAUGAUUUUCUGUCUUUUCGAUGGACUAUCCAUGAAGGCAGGUUCUUUAUAACGCAGGUUGUUAUAACAUUCAAGAUAAGAUGCUACUUGAAGGCACUUGCCGAUGUAGCGAGUGUUUGGGCGUUCUUCGUGUAGACGGUCGUUUGGGUCACAUGUGAAGACUCGUCCAAACACGAAACUACAUUGUCAAAUAAAAUAGACGUCCACAACAAAAGUCAACAAUGAAUAUUCUUUAGAUCAGUUAGAAAACAUUCUCUUAUAAGCUACCUUUUUAAUGAGUGAUUUAAUAUUGCAUUCUCCUGACGGAUAUAUGUGUAUUUUCGUUUUUUUUUUGGCAUGGUGAAGCCAAGAGGGAGAUUUGGCACUUUUGGCCGUUUUUUCCACGUUUAUAUUUAAAAAACCGAUAUUUUCCUAUCGCGAACGAAAGAACAUGCUUUUCUCUUUAUGUUGCGGUCGUUUUCAAUAUUUUUGUCCACUUUUGGCCUCCGUUCUACAAUUAUGAAUGCCCGGUGGAAUGGCCAUAUGAAUAUUGAUAUUUUACUGGAACUGUUAGGGUUUUGCUCGAUCCAUUUCUAAAUUACGUUUGUGCUACAACUAGGCCGCACGAUAAACCAGGUUUUAUAUGUUCAAAAACGAAGAUGACUAUUCGUAAAUAGUCAUUUUGGUGCUAACCCAUAGAAUUUUCUAAAUGGUAAAGCAUUUUUGGCCCAUUUAAACGAAAGGUUGCCUGUAUGCGUUAUUACUGCACGUUAGGGCACGAAUUCACGCGGAUUUGCUAAUCCGACUUUUAAAAAUCGAUAAAACGUCUGGUUUUUUGAAAAAUCUGUUAGCAAAUUGAUUCUCACGGUUAGCAUUAGACAAAAAAUCGAUUUCAAGUGCGGCUAGCUCUGUCUAGUAGAACUAUCAAGGGUAAAUUACCCUCCUCUCCAAGAAAAACAUGCUCAGAUAAGCAGCCGAAAUCUAAGGCAAGUAGUAGCAUAGGAAAUUGUCCUAAUAUAUCACCACAUUUGUUUAGGUCAAAUUUACGAACCCUGUCUGAUAAAAUGAUGUCGACACAUUUCUGCACAAGAAAAAGGAUAUUUACUUGAACGGGCUGGAUAAGGUAGCAAAAUUCGCAACGUAUAAGGCGUCUAAAAAUCCUUAUAUCAGUUUCUGUCACGAACAGUACUUGUAAAGCGGUAUCGGAACGUACCGGGGCUGUAUUGAGAACAGAAGGUCCAAGGCAUUGAUGAAACCCAUAGUCGAUGGUUCACUAUAUUACUUCCGGAUAAAGUGGUUAACUGCGUUGUUGCGCGUUUCGCCGGAUUGAUCGGAGUCCAUCUUAUUGACUAAUUGGUCAUCAGACUGAGCUCGUGAUAUUGACUAGGAGUGGGGAUCUCUCGUGGAUCGCGGUAUAGGAAAUGCGGGGGUGAUUAACUAGCAUGAAAGUGAUGGGCUAGCGAACAAUUGACAGUAGUACCAAGUAGGUGGUUCAAUUGGAAAUCUAGAUAAUAGAGCAGGUCCAAGAGUGGAUUUGUGAGAGAAAACGAAGCGAACUGAUUGUCAGGUUGAAAUAAGAGGCGUGAUUCCGGAGUUCGCAGUUGCUACGUCGAAAGCUCCUUACCAGGAUCUCACAUAGAACAGCAGACAGCGUAGAAACAUAAGAGUCAGUGUGAUUAUACGUGAUUUGGUCGAGUUCCCUUAUUCGAGGUUGCACCAGUCCGGAAUGUGGAGUGGCUUGAUCAGUUUCGGCGUAACCGAUGCGAGAGGCAGGACUGACUGUGUGGAUGUUUGAACGGGACGAUUCCAGUCCUUAUGUACGUUAUCUUAAAUUCCAGAACCCCCUUCUUUACCGAUUUUGACCUCAGACACAACGCUGCUAAGAUAUUUCCGGCUUACCAAUGAGACGCUCCCAAUCGUUCCAUGCACAAAUUCAAACCCCUUUACACGCGCUGACCAUUCUGACAACGUUUGGCAUAUGCUCCGAAGUUAUAGGAAAAUUUCCAAUUCCAUCCUAAAAUCAGGAAUGGUCAGUGAACUCCAUUCUCACGACACUACUUAUUCCUGAUGUCAAACGAUAAAGGACUGGAUUUUACGUUGAAUUUGAGAUACCUGGUGACUUAUCGUAUCUGGGCUCGGACCCCGGCUAUGUCAGUACCUAGAUUUGAAGCAUUAUUGGCUGAUGUCCAUCAGGAAGUCGGAUGUGGUCAUUCCAGUGUUUCCAAUCCUAUUUGUCGCACGUUGGGACGCUUAAAUAUCUUUGGAAAUUAAAGGUGGCACUAAGUAUCUUUUUCCGGCCAUGACCCUCAUGGGUAAGUGGAACGUUGACAUGCUCAGCACAUUGGCCAGUCUAUUACUCUGUUUUAUAAUAAGCGUGGUGCCCUUGAAACUAUUAGGACGCGCUAAACGCAUUGGCUUGGGAGGCUUCCAAUUGACGAUGUAACUCAGACCUUGCAGUCUGCCCUGUGUGUUGGUGUGACGGGAUCGACUGGUGGACUGAGAGUCUUGCACGAUGGCUCCUCCUCUUUAACCAUGCCUCUAUGUCACUCUCACGCGUAUGCUGCAGUCCGCAAAAGCCCUGCAUUGAAAAUUCAAGACAGUGGGGAACGAGCAAAUCCCUGCCGCCAGUCGGGAUAUUUGCACUUUAUUUGUCGUUCGGUAAUGACGCGCGCGGUUUCUAUUGCAUUAUGCGGAUGUUUACUGGCCUGUCUUGUACACAUAGGCGUGUGACCACUUGAUGAGAUAAUGUAAAUAUGAUAUUUUGUGCUGACGCCUAGUACCCAGAAAGUUAAAACAAACCUACCACAUUAUUCUGCGCAUCCCACCCAUAUGAAGCAGUUCAGUCUCCUAUAAUAUUCUCUGCGCAAUCCUCCCAAAUCUUCAGGCACAACUCUCUAUGCCACUUCCGCCUUCCUUGUUUCAGACGCUUAAUUCGCGCUACGGGAUCGAGGUGCCUCUGGUGCUUAUGAACUCAUUUAAUACCCAACGUGACACGGAUUCCUACCUGCGCAAAAUCUCGAAGAGGGAGUUGAAGAUAUUCACUUUUGAGCAGAACAGGUAAAUUGUGUGUGGUGCGGGAAGACUUGAAUUUUUUGCGUCCUUGCUGUUGCCAGGACGAAAAUUGUUUCUUCCGGCGCCGGUAGCUUCCAUCAGGGCCAAACGGAGUGCAAGAAUUAUAGUCCGCCGAUCGUCGCAAAUCAAUCUUAAGCUUACCCGACUGCCGUUGCCUUGGACGGCUUAUUUAGGGGUGCUUUCUUCACAGUACCUUAAUUUUAAGGAGCACCUUUCCACUCAGUCCCCUGGUACACCGGUUUAGGGAUCCAGGAUUGUGAUGUACGACCGGCGAAACCAUGUCGGAGGACAAGUAGCAGUCGCUUCUUUCCAGGUAAUUGAUUUGCCAUAUCGGUUUCAAGAUAGACAUGAAAGUAUUAUUGCCACAUGGUCCGACCUGAGAUCCUGCUCAGUGCGGUGGAUAGCCUUCAUCAGAGACCACGUCUGUGGAAGUGUGUGUGAAGCAGUCAGAAGGCGGCCCGAUGUCGAUUCCGUUUCUUUCGGUAGCCUUGAGCAUCCGAUCCCUGUAUUCGGGUCAGACACCAUGUCUGCUACGUGGGUCUCCCAGCAUGAACCCAUUGUAUUAGGAGUCUUGUAGCCAUUGCAGAACAGUCACCUGACCUAGGAUUGGCACAUGUUUUCAGUCAGACAGGAGAGAAUACCGAUCAGUUCUCACAUUUGACGGGGACAGUGGCGUUAGCUCACCAUGGGCAGACGACUGAGUCUCUUUUGCUGUUAGCGUUCUUGUCUGCCCAAGAUUUUACCGCUCAGCGUCUGGCAUAACAACUAGGAAAAUAAAAUUUUGGCGGGAAACGGUUCAGUUAGGCGCGUUGUGUUAAAUAAUAACGACAUGUAACCACUGUGAUCAUCCAGACUGCCAAAUUUAAGUAUGCAGGGGUUUGCCUUUAUAUCCUUACAGUCGCCGAAAACAUGACAAUAUCUUCCGAGAUCAAGACAGUCCUUAUGAAUUUUGGACAGCGUCACUUGAUCGUAAAACUAACGGAAAUUGUCCCCUUCCGGAGGAUAAUACUUGUUUUCAAGAUGUUUAGAAAAAUUUCGCCCAUGUACUUACUAUUGAUUUAACGACAACGCGAUUUUUUUCUUACUUCAAGAUUUCCGCGACUUCUGGAGGAGACCAGCCUUCCAUUUGCCAAGUCGAUGCAAUUGAAGCAAGAGUACGAUCCUGCCUGGUACCCACCCGGACAUGGUGACCUCUACCGGUGUUUCUAUGAGUCCGGCCUCCUGAAAAAGUUUAUCAGCGAGGGCAAAACUUGGGCCUUUGUCUCAAAUAUCGACAAUCUCGGUGCAACGGCUGAUCCAAGUAAGGAUUCGGUUCUCUAAUUUACAAUUCAGAUCCUGUUCCUGGUUUUCUUUCCCGCAUCCUUCACACCAACUGUGCACUCGCCUAUUUCAGCGCAUUUACGACGCGCAAUUAAACUCUUAAGAAAGUUGCUUAUGGGCAUACACGGAGCGGUUUGAUUAGCAUGUUCGCGAUGAGCUGAAAUUUACUGAUUAUAACCGAAACGCUAGUUCCUGGGCACCAAUAGAAAAUAGAAGCUAUUGCAAGAACGACCUGUUGAUUGUCCUGCAUGAGAAAAUUAGUUGUUCAUAAUGUAUGCUAAUCUACCCUCGGUGGUAUUUCAUAAUAGGUUGUAAAAUAAGUAAAGGCAUAAAAGAGGCUGGUUUAGAUGCCCUGUCUGGAAGGUUGCAAUCAGUCCUGAUUAAUUGAAUAUAUCACUGGACAGAUGAGCAUAAUCUUGGAGUUAUUUAAGUAGUCUAACAACCGAAGUAAUAGUCGAAGUAGGCUAAAUACGUAAUCCGUUCUUGAUGGUCACUUAUUUAGUGGAAAAUUCGGAGUGCACAUACUUCCACAGAGGGUCAAUAAAAUCAACAAAUCGACUGCUCCCCCGCCCGUUUGCUAUUACUUUGCUCAGAUCAAUCUGUCUUGGGGUGGGAUUUGGCACAGUAACUGACGCGAUGUAAAACCAGCGUAUAGCGGGUGUCACACAAAGGCCCGGAUCUCACAUAAAUAAGUGGCGUCUCAGUUGUUACGUUGAAAAAAAAACAGUCAGUGCAGUCCAUUCCGCUUUCAAAAGGGAGAUCCGGUAAUGAACUCAGUUGGUAACCCUCCAAACCGCUACUGUUAGCAGUUCUCGGAAGUUUGAGGCGCGCCAGAUUUACCUCUGUGUGGAAGCAUCAAAUCAGCACGAGAACGUGUGAGCCAAGACCGACCCAGAUCUUUCCUUCCUCUGUCGUGCCCCAGCGACCUCUCGUGCCUUCCGGUCGAGCAGUGAUGUGGCUGGAUGCAGUAGCGGCCGCGGCGUGAGUCCCCGUGUAAAAUGUGUCACAUGCACACAUGCAGACUCAACGCAACGGCACAAACCAGUACGGUACCGUUUCGAUCUUUCAGAACAGUGAUGUCGCGCGCGUUGGAAGCGAGCGCGGUCACAUAAAAUCAACAAAACAGGCAUAGCGGUUCGACGGUUGCAGGCGACGAUCUCACCGUGUGCCCCAAAGCGUGAUGGGCGCAGGAGUUGUGCGUGAAUUAGUCUAUGGUGCUGGCAGACUUGCGCGGCAUCUGUUGUACUCUACCCUCCAUCAUCCACCCGGACCCAAUGGCAUGAGAGAGUCGGGACCACCGUAGAGUGUCCGUUUACGCGUGCCACACACAACCUUGUCCCUCAGGCAAGUGCCGGGCUCUUACGGAAGAGAGGGGCUGCUCGGAUUCCAUUUGAGUGGGAGUGCCAUAAAGGCCACACUAAAAAGGAGCGAUUACCCCCUAUACACACAGUACGGACCACGAGGACUGGGUUAUCCAACGUAAAAUGGGGUCAGCAUAACAAGCAUGUGGUACUCAUUUGAAGAACCUAUCUCAGUUGACGCCAGUUUAUGUCACAGAUUGCCAAUUCUACCUAAGCAGCCUUUCCUAUACGAAGUUACAUUUAAAUUAUUUGAUUACGAUUUUAUUUACAAAAUAAUUCCAGUGACUGGAUGAGAGUGCAGUCAAUUUAUAAAUCCAAGAGGGUCGUUUUGUGUGCUUUUGGUUUACCUUGCGUGUUAAUCCACUUUUCUGAAUCUAGCUAUUCUCUGUUACCUGGAGGAGCAGCGGAAAAACCAAACAGCCAAACAAGCAGAUUUUGUCAUGGAAGUGACCCCGAAGACCCUGUCAGAUAUCAAAGGAGGAACCCUGGUCCGAUAUAAGGAGCGUCUCCGACUCCUGGAAGUCGCUCAAGCAAGUCCUUGCAUCGAUUUCUUGACAUUUACUUGUUUGAGCCAUGCCGCCCCCAAAGUUAUAUGCUCUCUACCCUCCCGAUAAAAGUGUUAUAGAUAUGCUGCUACAGCUGGGUGUCACUUCUUCGAAUAUGUAGAGGGUCUCUUAUCUUAACCGGAGGUCGAUUUGUGCAGAGCAAGUUAUAAAGUGAGAAUUCUCGCGCCAACAACACAGAACCCUUACCGUUCGACCGUCGUUGCCGACGAUGUCUACCGGGUGGUCCAUGGUAGGGUGAAACAGGCACGGUGAAUUGUGCGUGAAUUAGUUUAUAGUGGUAGUGUAGACUUGCAGCGCAUCUACCGCACCUCUUCUUCCUCUCCCACCUGGGCCUGGUUUCAAGACAUCGUAACGAACACCUAAGGCGAGGUGAGGGCUCAGGUGGCUGGCACGGCCGGACCCACACCUAGGCGUUCCACUUCAUACUUCCUGGUCCGCAACAAACACUUGGCCUCGGUUUUAACCAACAAUAAAAAGGGAUGACACGAGUUACUGACAACCAUGCACAUGGUCUGUAUACCUAUCGGGAGCGCAAGCGCAUCCACCGACAGGGAACCAGGCGACAGAAAACUCCCUAAAUAUGCGAGCGCAGCAGCGUGGACAUUGCCCACCAUCGCCGUGCGUUCGUCAUAUAAUGGCCCAGGCAGCAUUAAAAAACCAGGCACAGUGGUCCUGCCUCUACCAACAACGGCACCAUUGCUAUUCUGAUUGACAUGGCGUUUCGAUAGUUCUGAGUAAUUGGUGCAACGUUUCGCUUUUUCACUGGGGCCGUGUCAUUGAAUGUUGCGCAUAUACGUUUGUGUGGUAUUUCUAUCAACGUGAAAAGUGUUGUGGCGUCCAGCACGUCGUCAAGCAUUGCCAAUGUUUAGCCGAUACCUGCGCCAUGAACUGAAAUCAGCAGACUCUCCUGGCCAAUAGUGGGACACUUUUAUUGAGUGAAUCACAAUGCCAGGGGGAGAGGGUGUUAAGUCUACGCGGAUAAUAGUUAGCUACUACGCAGUGGGAAACCGUUGUAUAAGCGCUGAGGUGCUACAGUAAGUGACCGAUCUCAUGGAAUGUUGGCUGCAUUUCUAAAAUGCGUUUUCGAUUAGGUAGGAUUACCUAGGCGCGGUUGUAAUACCGAGUAUUGUACGGCACAACCCUAUAAUGCUUCGGACUCGACAGGAUGUCAGCUUUUGAAUGCACUGUUUUUCAAUCACCUGUAUAAACCAUACUUGGUAAAGAAUGACUGCUUAAGUAGCGUGAAUUUUUCCGACUGAUUUUCGAUGGUCUUGCAAAUUCAAAUAUAUCUUGUAGAAACCAUAAGCAAAAAUAUGCUUUCUUUCAGUCGUUUGAUAGAGAAUUAUGUUUUCUUUAUAUUUUAUACCCAAGGAAGGAGUAUAAUUAGGUUGGAGCCUGGUCAUUCGUUACAUUAGCGCUUAGUGAUGUCACUCUACAAGGUCCAUGGGUUCCGCGUAAAGAAAAUCACAUAUUCCUCUAUACCUUUAAAAAGAUGCCUUAUUACGUCCAGAAAAUUUUACAAUGCGUUCCGCGUAAAGAAUGUCACAUAUUCUUCUAUACCAUUAAAAAGAUAUCAUGCGGAAUCCAGAAAAUUUUGCAAUGGAUGCGGACUUUCUCCCUUUCAUGAGGAGUUGUUGUAAACGUGCAGGUACGAUGCUAUAUGAAUAGACAUUGCACGGUCAUAAAAAGCUCAUAAUUAGAAACAGGUGAUUGAAAAGCAGUUUAUUCAAAAGCCGGCAUCCUUCUGAGUCCGAAAUGUUAUAGGGUUGUGCCGUACAACACACGGUAUUACAACCGCGCCGAAGUAUUCCUACCUAAUCGAAAACGCAUUUCAGAAAUUCAUCCGACGUCUCAUGAGAUCGGUCACUCAAUGUAGUUACUUCCACCACUCCGAACAACUUGGUCAUCACAAAUUACUGAUUCCGAAAACUCAGAAUGUGUCUAGACACCAGCUGCUGGACUGGUAUUCACGUCCAAGCAGUCGGACACUCGCUCGGGCACGCUGAUCCUGCUCGGGCCAGACUGCGGUGCGAUGCUGCAUGUCGACACCGGGAAUAUGAAUAGGACUGGCAGCGCCUAUGUGGGGGCUUGGUUAUUGCUCAGACUACGGCAGUUCGACAAUUAACUGCUAACUUGGAGUAGAUCAGUUUAUCACGACAGUUCGACCGUCGUUGCCGACGAUGUCCGCCAUGUGUCUCACAGCAAGGUGGAGCAGACACGAUGACUUGUGGGUGAGUUAGUUUGUAUUGGUGGUAGACUUGCACAGCAUCUACCACACUCUCCCCUCCCCUUCCUCACCUGGGCCCGGUGUCAAGACAGUUUCGAGAAGACUGGUGACGGGGAGGAUGCAGGUGAAUGGCAUGGCUGAGCCCGCACAUUGGCGCUCCACUCCACAUCCUCUAGUCCACAAUAAACGCUUGAUCGAGUUUUAGCCAACAACAAAAGUGGGCGUGGGCGGCAGGGGUUCCAAUAAGCGUGACAUCUGCAGGCAAGUGGAUCUGCCACCACUACCCGAAAUGUUGGCACUUUCUAUGGUGCACAUUCCGAUAACGCCUGCCAUAAUCCGAUAUGGCCGUCGUGUUCGUCCAGCGCGUCUACCGCGUGGCUCAAACUACGCCGUCUGCUUGAGGACCAUCCUUCGAGUGAAGUUAACCGACUUCGUCAUAAAUGAGACAGUCAGCGCUCGCUGCGACAACAUCGCAAAUACAACUCAGGCCAUCCAAGAAAGGCGACUGAGGUGGUUCGGGCAUGUUCUUCGUCGUCCACCUCAGGAGCUCAGUGUUACUGCCCUCGAUUCGGCCCCGUUGCCCCAUUGAAGGCGUCGAUGAGGGGGUCAGUUCAAAACCUGGCUCGACACAGUUAGUCAAGACAUGGAGGUGGUUCUUGGACCUUCGGUAUUCGGUCUCCGUCGUUGACGGUGGGAAUGGGUUACGCUGUCCAGAUCUGCUGCCGCGGAUCGUCACGCGUGGAGAGGUAUAGUUCGGGACAUCAUCGAGGCCGGCUAGAUGAGACAUGAUCGCAGCCGUAUCAAGUACAAGUAAGUAAGUAACUCAGACUACGCGCAAUCGAAAUGACACGAUUAUACGACCCCCUCCAUGGGCUUCAGUUCGACUGACUUCAAACAGUUAUUUCCUCCGCAGCAGACGCCAGACACCUCUAAAACAUCUUCAGUUGCAGACGGCUGCAUUUAACUAAAGUAUACUGUUCACGGUGCCUCAUGGGUGCGGUUAUGACAUAGCAGGCAUUGCCACUAGGAGAAGAUCUUGGGAAGUAGGGCAAGGACUGCUCUCGUUCAUGGUGAUUUGACCUUCACUCAGUGGUGCUUCCAUCGGUUAUCGAUUUUGAAUUGCCUGUCUUAACCACGCCACUGACUUUGGACUUCUGACCACUGACUUUAAAAUGCGGCCGAUUAAACCUGAAGUACAAUGUCCUCAAGGCAAAGAUGAUCACCUCACGAUUCGCCGCUGGAGAUUUCUGCCUGGUCAAGGUAGACGGCUAAACUCUUUAAUUAUUUGGCGGUUUCAGCCAGCCUAGGUUAGAGCUUCCACCAAACGGACACUAGCGGCACUUAAAGCCUUCAGUCAGCUAGUCUGCCACUAUUUGAGGCUUUCAUCAAGGAUAUCAGUUCAUAAGAAGUGAAACAGAACUCAUACUUUUGGAAGACGUAAGUAGCCUUGGUAGUACCUGGUCGACUUUGCUUGCGCCCCGUUCUCCAAAUCCCCUUAUCGAGUCGCGUCUGCAAAACAAUACGGUAUUUCCGGUCUGCAAAAGCGAUCAGCCAUCUAGCCUGCCUCCACCUGAUGGUGAAUCUUUCCAAGACAUCAUUUCGUCCAAACCCAGCUUCAACUUGUCCCGGCGUCGAGGUGACCGAUUAAAGACGCGGGUGUACGCGAUGCGAGGUGACCUUGAACGUAGCUCUGACCCUACAGUCUUCACUCUGCGAGGCUGACUCCUAACCAACGAAUUUCAGUCAAUGGCCAUAAAUCAUGAUAGUAAACAUGAGUACAAGUAAGCAGUACUGUAGUAAGAACUGGGGUUAUCUGAUUUUAUAAAUUCAGAUGCAAGAGAAAGUUCACCGAACCGAACGCGAAAUCUCGAAUGUUUAACAACACUGGAAUAGGUCUUCAUUAUUGCCUGAAGGCUCUAACUCGUUUAAAUUUUAGUAGUUUCGAUCAUACGCGAAUUCAAACGAGUAUAUUUGGUUUCAGGUUCCGCCAGAACACAUGGAUGACUUUUUGAGCGUGAGGAAAUUUAAUAUUUUCAACACAAACAACCUCUGGGUGAAUCUCGAAUCACUGUAUAGUGCCUUGCUUACAAAGAGGCUACAGAUGGACCUUAUUAUAAACAGGAAAACACUUCCAGACGGCAUGCGUAUUAUUCAGCUUGAAGAAGCCUCUGGAGCGGCCAUAAAGAGUUUCGAAAAACCAAUGGGUGCGUUCACUUAUUUACUGUAUUUUGGUCAAUUUCGGGGCGCUAGGCAUCCACCUUGGAGACUGUUGUUCCAACUGGCUCACGUUUACUUCAGUGAGAACACGUUUUACACUACUAGUAAUAUCAAUGGACUGAUGUUGAUAAAUUCAUCUAUUUUGGGGUUCCCAAAAUUUUAACUGCCCUGCAUAAUUUGAUCCGAUUAAAAUAUUUGCCGUCACCUCCGCGGACGUCACUUAUGAAAGGAAGUAAGCAAGCAGUAUGUACGUUCCGCUUCUGGAAAGUCUGCUACUCUUCAUUGAAAUAAUUGGCCGACAAGUCACUUUUCCUGGUUCCCCUGGGUGAGAUUUCUAUUGCGUAAACACUACUGCUGAAAAUAUAAAAAAAUGUCUGCGCUAAAAUAUGCUUGUGUAUUCUCGAAGAUAACCCCAAAUGACCUGCCUUAUUAAACCUGUCAAUGCCCGCAAGACACAGAAUCGCAUUUCAGGCAAGUUCGAGCAACGGUUCAAAUGACUUUCUGAGUAAUGGAUUAUUUGCACACAGAAAUAUUGCACCUUUCCUUAUUCCGCUAUGGAGGAACGUGUAGGGUCUUCUUAGAGAAUUCUAAGAAAUUGAUUUUUUACCUUCCGGAGAAAAUUGUGUGACAUUCUAAGAAUAUCGAACAUCAGGAGAAAAAACUGUCGUUGUAAGCGGAGUUUUUCUCGAUGAGAUUGUCUGAAGCGCUUGGUUAGGCACUUGGUGGCAAGUUGGCUUGUUGGGAUGUCCAUUAUCUAAACGCAGCACUUCAUACCCAUCAGAUUUACAGGCUCUCCAAAGUUUUGAUUUUUAUCCGGAGAUUGAUUCAUUACUCUCCUAGCCAGACGUGUUUGCGGAAGGAAUUCAGUAAUUACCGAUACAGACGCAAAUACAAGUUGGGAAGAAGUAAAUGUGACCGCUGAAACAAGAUCUUGAUCCGCCUGUCGUUUCGUAUUUACGCUCGAGCCCAUCAUCGGAAAAAAAAUGUCGGAUACGGGUAAUUCACACACAGGAAGUUGUGAUAUUUAUAGGACUAACGGCCUACCCCUUCGUCGGAGGUAGUCGUCCUCUGGUGCGAUUACUGCUUGAUGGAUGGCGCGCAGGUCGUUAAUUGCUGAAAUCUCAUCACCCGUUUUGGAUGUUGGCGUGAUGAUGGCUCGACCGCCUGGCUAACCGGCCUGCGCGCUCACCGAAUGAUUGAUUACUUUGACCAUAAUAAGUCUCAGUGUCAAAAUAUGGGGUGGGGGCUUUGGCCACGGUUCACGGGACCCCAGUCUAUUAACGAGUGCACUGACCUCCCAACCCCAUAUUGCUACUCAAAUAGUGUGCGUUGUUCCAUUUACUUUGUAUGCCUGUAGAACUUAAAUUAUAUUUUUAGGAAUGAUGCACAAAGCAGUAAGUCAAUAUAUUCAUUUCACGGAUAGUUGCAUCUCCGAAGCCAAUACGUGAUAAAAGUACGAGAGUUGCUUUUUUCACAAGUUUGCAACAGCAGAGAGUUUGUAGACGUUCUUAUAACCAUUUCCAUAGCUCGCCCACCUCGGAUUUAAUGAUGCUACGCGGAAAGCCGCCCUAAGGGCUUGCAUACGGCUGUGUAAACUUGUUUCACAUAGCGUGCAAACUUCUGCAAAAACAGAAAUAUCAGAAUUAGAGGAAGCAGUUUCCAAAAAUAAUUUUUAUAAAGGUGCUUUUGUCGCGGCACUUAAUAUUUUAGGUAUUCUUUUUACAAAAUACGGCAAAUUGUGUGCAGAUAUCAGAACUCCAUGUUCAUUUCAUAGGUAGUUGUAUCUUCAGAGCUAAAGCGGGAUAAAAGGACAAGAGUUGGCUUUUUCACAGGUUAGGAGCAGUAGAGAGUUUGUAGAUGUUCUUGUAACCAUUUUCGUAGCUCGCUCACCUCGGAUUUAAUGAUGCUACGCGGAAAGCCGCCCUAAGGGAUCGCAUACGGUUGUGUAAACUUGUUUCACGUAGCGUGCAAACUUCUGCAAAAAACCGAAAUAUCAGAAUUAGAGGAAGCAGUUUCCAAGAAUAGUUUUUAUAAAGGUGCUUUUAUCUCGGCACUUAAUACUUUGGGUAUUCUUUUGUGCAAAAUACGGCAAAUUUUGUGCAGAUAUCAAAACUAUGGAAAACGGCAAACUAAGUACCAACAGCUGACUGGAAAAAUUCCUUUUCAAAGUUAGCAUGCUGCUAUUCAUGGAAUGAUUUGCGAUCUCUAAUCUUACUUUAUUGGUCAUUUGAAUUUUUAAGUAAACGAAGGCAUUUUUUGCCGGCGUUUAGGUAGUUUUAGCAUGUAAUGUUAUCUGUGAGAAAUAAAUUAUUUCAAGGAUAACCAUCUCCAGGUAUUUUAAAAUGUUGGAAGCGAUCUGCUGCACAAAGUUUUCAGCAAAACGUGAACUGAACAGCUGACGAAUAUUCUUUAAACCCGACAGUUCGAUUACCAUUGCCGACGAUGUCCACCGUGUGCUCCGCAGCAGGAUAGGGCAGACACGGUGACUUGUGCGUGGGUUAGUUUAUAGUAGUAAUGGACUUGGACAGUAUUUACCGCACUCCCUCCUCCUCUCCCAACUGAGCCUGGUGGGUCUUCCACCACAUCCCGAAAUACUGGCAUUUGUUACGGCCUCCCAGAACCCCAUAUGGCCUCUGUGUUGAUUAAGCGCAUCUACCGCGUGGAAAGCACAUGUCUUAGCCCACAAACGUGGAAUAAGUCUGUAUAAGAUGUAUUCACCACCCUAAAAGUACGCAUUUUCUACCGCCACCUAGAUACUAACCGAUAUUGUCAGCUAUAUUCAAAUGUUUUUUAGCUUUUUCCCCACUUUCUAUAAUUUGUGACAAAAGUACACUAGUAAAAACCAGGGGAAGCGGGGCAAAAUUAGUUUGACUCUUAUUUCUACGUCAGCAUCCAACACGGAUGAUGAAAUUCCACCAAUUAACGACGUGCACACCGGUCAUCAAGCAAUCACCGCACCAGAGGGCAACAAUCCUGAAUGAAGGGGAAAGUUGUUAAUUGUCAUCCGUAUGCAAUAGCAUAGCGAUUGCAUUCUAUAAAUACUGUGACGUGCUAUGUACGAAUUAACUCUAUCUGAUACUGUCCCCAAUUAUGGGCUAGAGCGUAAUCUGAAACGUCAGACAAGAUCUUGUUUCAGCGAUCGCUUCUACUUCUUCUCGGCAAUUUCUUCUGUCUCACUCUCCCAACACCUCUUUCUAGUAGUACUCAGAAAGCCUCUCAAUUUUACUGAAAUUGCGAUUCCUUUACUUCAGGUCUACGGGUUCCGCGCAGUAGGUUCCUCCCAGUUAAAUUAACGUCCGACUUAAUGCUCCUGAUGUCUGACCUGUACAUCUGGCGUGCCGGUCAGCUGCUGCCCUCGCCACUCCGAAACUUCCCAACCCUCCCAAUUGUCAAAUUGGGAAAACACUAUGAAAAACUGCGGGAUUUCGAGAAGCACAUGACGAAGGUGCCUAGCAUGAUUGAGCUCUAUCAUCUUACCGUAUCUGGAAACGUCACAUUUGGGAAGGAUGUGGUGCUGAAGGUAAACCGCCCAGUUAUCUAAUUGUGGCUUUUCUCAUGUUUUAUAACGACCACUUCCUAGAUUGAUCCCUUAAAUUGGCACGAUUUUAACAGUCGAUUGUGGACUCGUUUUUGUCACGAGUCUGUCAGUCGGUAGUUUGUGUAAUAUACUUAUUGUUUACUUAGUAUUAAUCAGUAGAUAGUGUUUGUUGAAAUACUUACAGUAGGCAUGCUAACUCAUGAAAUGUUAACCGAAAUUCUGAAAUACGUUUUCGACUCGAAAAGAUUACUUUACUAGGGUUGUAAUGCUAAUUAUCAUGCAGUAUAAUCCCAAGAUAUUUUAGUUACUUCGAGAUGCCAACUUAAUUAGUAUAAAUUUUUCUCAUCGAGUUCAUAUGUCCAUGUAAAUUCAAAUAUAUUUCAUAGAAAUCAUGCGUAAAAAUAGUCAUUCCUCUACUCAUUUAGUAGAAAAUUACGUCUUCAAAUUACAUACUUGAAGGAAGCGUAUAAUUCGGUUUGAAAAAAACUUGUCUAAUUUCCGAAUACUUUUGAACCGGACCUGUUGUUAAACUUGAAUUAACGGUCUCAAAACUACGUGCUGUAUAUUUUUCGUGUACGGACAAUCCUGCAUUUAUAAACGCUAUUAAGAGGACCUUACAUAGGGUUCAUAAAGUUUAGCAGUAGAUUUCAGCCAUACUGCAAACUUUACAGGCAACAUUAUAAAAUGCAGACAUGCGGUGUUUUCUGAACGGGUAUUCCAUUGUGUUAAAAAUCUCAUAAUUAUAAAUUUUGUUAAAAUUUAAGUAUACACUUCCUUUAAAAAUAAAAUUAGAAAAAGGCAAAAUUCUUUUAAAAGUUGGCGUCCUGAAGUAAUUAAAAUAUCUUGGGAUUAUGUUUUACGGUUAUUAACACUACGACCAUAGUAAAGUAAUCUUCUAGAGUCGAAAACGCAUUUCGGAAUUCCGGUUAACAUUUCGUGAGUUUGCACAUCAACCGUAGUUUCACUUCGAUUCUAUUACAGGAAGUACUCAGGCUAGCAGUCGACGUAGUCAUUAAAUGUCUUAUUACUGGUAUUAUUACUUAUUUUGAUCGGAAUAGCAUUCCACAAGCAAGUCACCGUAUGAAGCCGGAAGUGACGGGUGACAAGAACCUGGCCGAAAGACUAGCGGAUACUUAGUCGAGAGUAUGCAAAAUACUCAUGAACAGUUUCCUGCUAAUGGUGAACUUUUGCCGUGGUAUGUCAUAGCUCACAGGCAACCUCACAACCACUAAAAGUGCUGAAGACGAUCGAGUGUUCUUUUCAACUACAGCACAAUAGUAUAUGUUAAAAUAAUAUGUCCUUUCUUUUGAUUUCAGGGUACGGUCAUCAUUAUAGCUCAAGACAAUGAGCAAAUUGACAUUCCAAAUGGGUCUGUUCUAGAAAACAAGGUCGUCACAGGCAAUCUUCGAAUUGUCAACCACUAA